GGCACGAACAUAACAGACUUGAUAGGGAUGACUAUGUUGUAAUCAAUGCAAAUAAUAUCAGAGAAGGUAAACAAGAGCAAUAUGACAAAGAGGAUGAAUCUGCGAUUCAAAAUUUAACUCCCUAUGACUACUACAGCAUAAUGCACUAUGGCGUGGAGUCCAACACAAAAUCUCUUGGCCUUCAAACAAUAACAGUACUUGACAAGAAUAUAGACAUAGACAGAAUCGGACAAAGGACUGACUUGUCUGAUUCUGACGCCUUCGAGAUACGUUGCAUGUAUGGAUGUGCCUCUUGUGAAGCCAUAAAUGAAUGUGAAAUGGGAACGGAUAAUUGUCAUAUAAAUGCUGAUUGUUUGGAUACUGAACUGAGUUAUACUUGCACAUGUCAGGAUGGAUUCUCGGGAGAUGGAUUUUCUUGUACAAAUAUAAAUGAAUGUGAAGACGGCACUGAUAAUUGUCAUAUAAAUGCUGACUGUUCAGACACCGAAGGGAAUUAUAUUUGCACUUGUCAGAAUGGAUUCUCGGGAGAUGGAUUUUCUUGUACAAAUAUAAAUGAAUGUGAAGACGGCACUGAUAAAUGUCAUAUAAAUGCUGACUGUUCAGACACUGAAGGGAAUUAUAUUUGCACUUGUCAGAAUGGAUUCACGGGAGAUGGAUUUUCUUGUACAAAUAUAAAUGAAUGUGAAGACGGCACUGAUAAAUGUCAUAUAAAUGCUGACUGUUCAGACACUGGAGGGGAUUAUAU